AUGCACUUUUCCUACGACGAGAACGACGAGAACGAAAUUGUUCGCAGCACCAAUGACGAUGCGACCGUCAGCCGAUUAUCAGCGAUUGCCAAGGGAUACUUUGCUGAUGAGUUUGUAAAGUACUUUGUUAAACGGCCAGUGGAACGAUCACCCAUUAUGAACAGAGGCACCUAUAUCCGGCAGCUUGUACUCGAUCGCCUUGUUCAUCAGUUUCUGGAAUUGGAUAUCCCUGGCAAGGAAAAGCAAAUCAUUUCGCUUGGAUCAGGAUUUGAUACGCGUUACUUUAUGCUCAAGCAACGUGGUCUGGACAUUGGAUGCUACUAUGAAAUUGAUUUUCCUGAAACCAUUGCCAAAAAAGCCGCCAUCGUUCAUCGCAGAAAGGAGUUAAGCCAAUAUCUCACAGAUGCCAGAGCAGUAAAGGGAGGAAUGGAAUUGGUCAGCAAGCACUAUUGUCUCUUGGGUGGUGAUUUACGCGAAUGGGAUGACAUUGCCAAACGUCUCAAGGAGCAUGGUUUUAAAGUGGAUUCUCCUACUUUGGUGAUAUCCGAAUGCGUAUUGAUUUACUUGGACCCUUUGGAUUCGAAUCGCAUUAUCGACUGGUUGACACGAGAACUUACGGAUGCCAUGGUUGCGUUAUAUGAGCAAAUCAAGCCUGACGAUGCAUUCGGAAGAAUGAUGAUCCAUAAUUUGCAGAGUCGUCACAUUGAAUUGCGUGGCAUCCAUGCCUAUCCAGAAUUGAAGGACCAGGAACAGCGUUUCUUACGAUUGGGAUGGGAUCAUGCCAAAGCGUUGGACAUCAAUAUGGUGCAUGACACAUUGUUGGAUCCAAGAGAUUUUUCAAGGAUGGCAAAACUAGAAAUGUUGGAUGAGAUGGAGGAAUGGCGGCUCUUGUCAGAACAUUACUGCGUUGCUUGGGCAUACAAAUCAUGCAAUGCAAAAGGUGCUUUUUCUUCAAUUACUUUGGAAAAGAGAUUACCCCAUGAAGGCCAGACUCUGGAACCACAAAAGAAGACGGGCUUGUCUCGGCUGCAUCUGCGGGGUUAG